AUGACAUGUACUAGCUGGCUUUGUUCUCUUCGAACACCAGGUAGAUCAGGGAGAGAACUUGAUGAGGAAGAAAGCUUGUGCAGGAAGCCAAACGUAAAUGAAGAAUAUCUCCAAACCUUUAGAACUAACUCUUAUAUCGAAAUAUGCAACAAAGCACAAGGGCAAUUUGGGAACACAACAAGACUCUCUUCAUCUCCUUCUCCUAUAUGCAUGAAUCUCACCGACUCUUUGCUCGAACCUCGACAAGAAAUCAUAACAAACAUCACACGUAACUUUAAGGUUCAUCAGCUUAUAGUUGACUAUUUUGAAGCUAGCUUAGACGCAUGUCUUUGUUGUGACACAAUCCUUGAAGGAAUCCACACAACAAGACUUGCUUAUACAAGACUCACACGAUUUGUCAAUGAUUUCAAUGAUGGCAACAAUGAAAAAACAAACACUACAAGAAAAUAUCAGAAAAAACUUGCUUUAGUUUCAUCAAAAUUACAAAACAAUCCUUUGCCUGUUAUUACUACAAUGCAGCUUCAUGACCUUCAUGAUAAGUACAUUGAACUUCUUCGGAAACUAACAUCAAAGAGAAAGAAAAUCAAAAGAAGAUUAACAUUGAUUGGUGCUUGCAAGAAAGUUGGAGGAAUUGCCCUUGCUACUUCACAUGGUGUUAUUCUUAUUGCUUUGUUAAUUGUUUCUUUGCAUAGCGUUGUUGGAUUAGUGGCUGCACCAGGUAUUGUAGGGGGUUUAGUUGGUUUGUUUAUGAAGAGAAUCAAAAUUAGGAUUAGAAGAAGUUCAAAUUGUGAAAGACUUUGUCAACAACUAGAUGCUGCAGCGAAAGGGGUAUAUAUAAUGAUUAAUGAUUUGGAUACUAUGAGUAGGAUGGUGAAUAGGCUGAAUGAUGAGGUGGAACAUAGGAAAAUGGUUGCUGAUGUUUGUGUGAAGAAUGUUGGAAGUAAAUGUGAAAUACUGAAGCAGGUUAUGAAUGAGUUCAGUGAUCAUGAGAGUAGGUUUUUGGAGCAAUUGGAAGAACUUGAAGAACAUGUUUACUUGUGCUUUCUCAUGGUAAACAAAUCCAGAAGACUUGUUAUGCAACAAAUUAUAUAG